CUCAAUUCCAAAACAUUCAUUUCCAAUAUAAAAUAAUUUCCCGGCAAUCCAAACAAACCCAAAACUUCCGCCAUUGUUAACCACCUACUCUCUCUCUCUCCACCAUUACUGGAAAAAAAGUCGAAAACAUGGGAGCCAUUGAAGAAGCAGGUGAAGCUCGUUCUAAUGGAAGCUCGGAGAUCCUUUCUUCUUCUCUCUCCGUUGACACUUCUCUCCCUCUUCCCGCCAUGAAACCUCGCAUCAUAGAGUUAUGUAAGGAUAUAUUCGAGAAAUGGGCGAAUUUGGAUGAUUCAUGCUUUUCUGUGAAGACUGUUUCUGGAGGCAUUACCAAUUUAUUGUUGAAGGUUACGGUCAAGGAGGAAGCCGGCAAUGAGGUGUCGAUAACUGUUAGGUUGUAUGGACCAAAUACCGACUAUGUUAUCAAUCGCGAGAGGGAACUGCUGGCUAUUAGAUACCUCUCAGCUGCAGGAUUUGGUGCCAAGUUGCUCGCGCUUUUUGGAAAUGGCAUGGUUCAGUCUUUCAUCUUUGCACGAACUCUUACUCCACCGGAUAUGAGGGAACCAAAGCUGGCAGCUGUAAUAGCUAAGGAGCUGAGGAGGUUUCAUGAAGUGGAAAUUCCUGGUUCUAAAGAGUCCCAGUUGUGGAUUGAUCUAUCGAAGUUUUUUGAGAAAGCAUCAAAUCUUAAGUUUGAUGACGUCGAGAAACAGGAGAAGUAUCAAACCAUCUCAUUUAAAGAAAUUCAGAGUGAAGUUAGUGACCUGAAGGCACUAACGGACCGUCUUGAUGCUCCAGUGGUAUUUUCUCACAAUGACCUGCUUUCUGGGAACUUAAUGCUGAACGAAGAGGAAGGGAAGCUGUACAUAAUAGAUUUCGAGUAUGGUUCAUAUAACUACAGAGGCUUUGAUAUUGGUAAUCAUUUCAAUGAAUAUGCUGGAUAUGAUUGCGAUUACAGCCUAUACCCUAGCAAAGAUGAACAGUACCACUUCUUCAGGCACUACUUACUUCCUGAUGCACCACAAGAGGUACUCGACGAUGAUCUGGAAGCACUUUAUGUUGAGACAAACUCUUUCAUGUUAGUUUCUCAUGUGUAUUGGGCAUUAUGGGCUCUGAUUCAGGCAAAGAUGUCUCCUAUAGAUUUUGAUUAUCUGAGUUAUUUCUUCAUGCGCUACAAUGAAUACAAGAGGCAGAAAGGAGACGUAUUCAGUUCAGCAAAGUCUUACUUCAGCAAGUCUUAGGCCUAAAACGGAUUUGUCCGUGUUUCUUAUGUUCAAUGUUGGUAUAAACAGCUCCAUCUAUGCUUCUGUGAGAAGUUCCUGAGAAUUUCGCUUGCAGAUCACUCAAUAUUAAUGUGGUGAAGGCCUCAAAUUCUCAGCUGUGUUUUUCUUUUAGGGUAUUCUUUUUCAAAAUUGCCCCAUUUCGGUAUCGUCCCCUUCGCCUCCCUCGUCCUAUUGAAUAUGUUCUGUGGCCAGUUAUGGCAAUGAAGUGCUGAAGGUAAUUUCAAGCACCUAGAGAGAGUAUGGGGUUGUAUGCUUUGGUCUUCUAUGUUGUAGAACAUCAUAUUUAAUAUAUGAAUAAUAUAUGCAUUAUCGGUUUUAUUGUAAUUUCGGCCCAUCAUAUAUAUAUAUACUAAUAUGUGAAUAGUUUGAUGUCA